AACCCGACUCUGAGAAUUUCCUCCUCUUUCUGCUCGUCUAUUGCCUGCAUUUUGGGUAGUCUCUUGGCGCGGCCACCCACUCGUCUCCUUCAAACCUCGGCAAGCUCAGCUUUUGGACAAGCGCGGCCACGAUUGGUGCUAGCGGAUGCCACGAAUUUGUAUAAAACCGACGAGGCCUUGUCCCCUCAUCCUCAUCUCCACUCAAGGAAACUACCUUCCGGUCCUGACGCCUAUCUCGAAGUCCUCUUCACACCGAUUCUCGGUAAGCUCCAGAACUUGCUUUGCAUUCACUUCAUGUCUUUUUCCGUGGCCUUAUUUGUAUCAACCCCAUGCAAUUGGUAUCCGUCCACCUCCUUUCGCCCUGGUCGCCCCUCCAGGGCUCGAACUUAG